AUUUAUUGUCCGCGUUUAAAUAUGCUUCAGGCACAUCAUAAUUCACAUGCAAAACAUAUAAAUAUAAAGAAAAGAAAAAGAAUACAAUUGUUUUCUUAUAAAUGUUAGGUCACUCGUUCUCUAAUUGUCCAUUGCGUUCUUCUUCUUUACUUAUUACACAUCAUAAAACACAAUCUAUUGUAACAGCUACAGACGAAGCACUAGACUUGUUAGGAUAUUCAUUGUCUGAUUUGCUCGGUAAUUCAAUUCAUAUUUUAAACCUGAAACUAUCUUCAGAAAUCACUUGUAUACCAGAGUGCACAAUAAAGCAUGCAAACGGUCAAAUAUUAAAUUUUCAAGUCUGUGUGCAUCAAGAUCCAUUAGUACAACAAGUCAGCAGUUGUUUAGAUUAUUGGUUAAUACGUUUAUUAACAGCAAAAGAGAAACAGAGAUACUCAUCACCGGCAUUAGUCUCUAUCUUACGCUUAAGCCCUUAUGGUACCAUUGAACAAAUACAACAACAACAGCAAUCGCCUUUAUUAAAGCAGUCGACAAAUGAGUUAAUGGGACGACCUAUUAUGGCUUUUGUUUAUAAUGAAGAUAUACCUUAUUUAUGUGCUAAUCUUGCAAAACUAUAUUCAUCAUCAACAACAACAACAACACUUUUCAAUUCUUCGCCUUUAUUUAUUCGAUGGUUAAAUUUGCCCUAUUUAAUUUCUUCUAACACUGCUUGCGUUGAUAAUGCUGAGGAAGAAAGUUUACGUUAUGAGUGGAUGUCAUUUACACUUCUGAUGUCUAAUGAGCAACAUUCCGUUCAUCCCAUCUGUUUAAUAAGACCUUUACAAAUACCCUAUUUACAAAAAGAAGAAAAAGAAGAAGAUUUAAAUUUAACGUUAUUUAAUAUGCUUAUGCAACAUAUCCCUUUAUUAAAUCAGCUAUUAAAAUAUGGUAAGCAUUUAUAUCAACACAUUUUAGAAGCUAUGGAUACAUCAGCAAAUGAGAGUAAAGCGUAUAUCAAUGAAUUUUAUAAACAUGUUGUAUUUCAAUUAGUGGAAUUAAUAUCUACAAUUUUGAUGAUAAAGAGUACUCAACAUAAAAGCAGUCUUCCUUUAAAUAAGCAACAGCAAACGUCUAGUAGUCAUCAUGAUAACACAUUUGGAGGUCUUUUAUGGGAUUUAUUUAAAUCUAAUCUACAACGCUCUUCAAAAAUUUUGGAAUUUACUGGUUUAUUAAAUUAUUAUCAAACAACACAUUUAAAGACUUGUAUUGAAACAUUAAAUACAUAGUUCAUUUAAAUCCCCGUCUUUCAUACAAUGCGAUUAUUAUAAAUAAUAAACCUUUAUUGUUAUUAUUAUUAUUUAUAAGCAAACUAAUGACUGAGCAUGUAACACUAGAAUGGGUUCUAUCAGUUUAGGAAAAUACUG